UGAAAUUUUCUGAAUAUUUGUUGCACAUCUGCCGGUGGAAAGAGGCGCGACGCCAGCGAUUGGAAUCUUUAUCUACGUUUUGCCAAAAUAUUACUGAUGAUUACAAAAGGCUGAUAGCAUGGUUGAACAAAACAGAAAUUACACUAAAGCAAAUGAAAGCUAACCCGACAUCCAAAUUUGGCGAAGUAUUAAACAGAAUAAAGAAAUUGCAAGUUCUUAAAGCAGAAAUGGAUAUAAAUCAGAAGAAAUUAACAUCUCUACAAGAAUCAAUUCAGGAUGGUAACAGCUCGUCUUUAGAAUACGCGGAUAUUUUGGAGAAUAUGAAAAAUCUGCAAGAUCGAUGGGAAGCCGUUGGACAAAUCAUGGAAGUACAAUCCCAAAGGAUAACAAAUUCUGGAUUUGAGUUUAAUUUAAAAUUUGAAGAAAACAUAACAACUAUUAAAGAAAACAAAUGGAUGUCCGAAACGAUAACAAGUAUAGCAUAUAAAGAAGAGAUUACUGCAACAUCAACACCACAUAGUGAUUCAAAGAAACAGCGUGUUGAUAAUACUACUAAACAUGAGUUCAAAUCGGCAUUACUUCGACUAUAUAAAUGGUUGGAUUACGUCGAUUUAGAAAUCGGCCGUUCGGAAGGAGUGUUUGACGAAUUAAGCGUGGAAGAGAAGAAAGUUGUCUAUGAAGAUACUCUUACAGAUAUGGAUUCGCAUAAAAAUGAAUAUGAUAAAGUUCUUGAAAUUGGUAAACGACUUAUCGAUGAGUUAAAAAAUGCGAACGAGUCCAUCGAAGAAGAAGAAUCCAAGAUUAAAGACAUACAAAAUUGUUGGACAGCGACAAAUAAUCGUCUUCAUGAGAUAAAAAGACGCAUAGAUUAUCUGGAGGAAGUAAAGAAAUUCCGGACUGAACUAGCUAGUCUAAAUUUGAUGUUGGAAAGUUACACCAAGUGGUUUGAUACAAAUAAAGAAAACAAUCAAGAACCAUUUAGGGUUAAAAUGAAAUCAAUGAAAUCCCAUGAUGAGCGCAUAAGAAAAAUACUUGAAAAAGCAAAAGAAUUGUCAGAAAAUCAAGUUGCUGUUACAGAAACUAGUAAUAUGGACACAGACGUAAAAACUUUUUUGACUAAGUGGGAGAAUUUGUAUGCAACGUUAUCCGAACGAUUGACUGAAAUAAUUAAUGCCAUUAAUCGAACACCGCCUAAAAAAUACAUUAAGGCAGUCACCAAUCUGAUAUCGUUUAUAUUAAUCAUUACAUUAUUAAAUGUGGAAAGUGUUCUAUUGUCAGAACAUAUAAUUAUAUUAGAUGAGAAAAUUAUGGAAGAGCAAAUAAAAAGAUUUAAAGAUACACAAAGCUCGUUAAAAGAACAGGAAGAAACUUUCAAAUAUGUUAACUCUACUGGACAAGAUUUAAUAGCGAAGAUAAAUGAUAAUUCUUCAGGACAGCGACUUAAAGAUGAAUUGCAAGAUGUAAAUACUAAAUGGAGUGAUAUUCUUAUCAUUUUGGAAGAGGAACAACAGACUCUUACCAAAAAUAUCACAAUUUUGCAAACGUUUAAUACUGAACUUUUUACUCUUGAAUCUUGGUUGGAAAAAUCGUUAUUGUAUCUAGAAAAUUUAUCUAAAGAUAUUAUGGAUAAUGUCAAAAAAAUAGAGCAUAAAUUAGAGCAAAUUCGUUUGUUUUCUCGAAAAAUAGAUAAAACAAAACCCCAAUUAGAAGCACUUCGAUUAUUAGCAAAUAGAAUAUUCAAAAAAUCUGAACCUAAUUUUGCAAGCCUGUUAAACAGCAAAUUGGAAGUAGUAACAUAUAAAUGGAACACAAUUGUUAACAAAGCUAAAAGUUUAAACGACAAAUAUAAGAGUACUUUAAAGAAAAAUGAUAACAUUAUUAAUGGUAUAGAAGAUUUUACAAAGUGGCUGUCAAGUUUAGAAAAGGAGAUACCAAUAGAGUCAAGAAUAACAUCUUCAGUUGAGCUGUUUCAAGUUCGUGGUCGAUAUCAAGCGCUGAAAGACAACAUUGACAAACGAGUAGAAGAAUUUAGAAACUUGAACGAAAUGGGAAAUGAUAAACUAUUAAGUUCAGAAGAAUCAUCCGUUCAAGAACUUGGUAGACGCUUCACUUUCUUAAAUGCACGAUGGACAGAUAUUACAGAUCGUAUAUACAAACGCUAUAGACAUUUACAAAAUGUUAGUUAUGAGUACGGGGAAUUUCGUGCUUUAGUGGCACAGGAAAGUGAUUGGUUGGAUAAGUUAAACAAGCGAUUAAAAAAAUCGCCUAAAACUGCUGCAGACGCGGAAGAAAUUUUGGAAGAGCUGGAUAAAAUAAAGUCCAUCUUUCUGAAGUUGCUAAAAACUUAAAUACAAAUAAUCCAUGUAUUGUUUUGGAAAAUGUAAAAUUAGUGGCCAAUAACAACAAAAUACCACAGCGAGAUAUUUGCACUACUAAUAUGGACUGUAUCAAUACCAACAGUUUGAGUAACGGCAUUGAUUUGGAC